AUGGCUGGCCAUAACGAACCUGAAGCUGGGUUGGCUCCAGUCAAUCUUUCCCCAAGCGGUACCCCACUCACUGGUCCACCGCGGCACGCGCCGAGCGGGCCUUCCAUUCCCGUCGGAAACGAGCAAGAUGAACAAGAGGAGCUGGUGCCUGACGAUGUGGCACAGGAUGCAGAGACUGGUUCUUCAACAGACGAUCAGCUCUCGUCCUACACCGCGUCGCUAACGUCCAGCGUGGUCGACUACCCCAUCGAGAACGGUCGCCGCUACCAUGCCUUUCGCUCAGGGUCAUACUUCAUGCCCAAUGAUGAGAAUGAGAUGGAACGACUUGACUUUGCGCACAGUCUCACUACAAUGGUUCUCGGAGACAAACUAUACGUCGCCCCGAUCGUGGAGGAAAACGUUCACAAAGUCCUUGACAUCGGAACCGGGACAGGAAUUUGGGCAAUUGAAGCCGGCGACGUCCUUCCUAACGCAGAAAUAUGCGGAGUUGACCUCAGCGCCAUCCAACCAGAAUGGACUCCGCCAAAUGUCAAAUUUGAAGUCGACGAUGUUGAAAGCCCCUGGCUUGGCGACAGAAAAUACGACUUCAUUGUGUGUCGCUGGAUGAUGGGAUCCAUCAAAGACUGGCCAAAGCUGGUGAAGAGUAUCUACGAAAAUCUGAACCCCGGAGGCUGGGCUGAAUUCCUCGAACCUAGUGGAGAUUACUUCUCGGAUGACGGAACCUGGACCAAAGACCACGCCACAUACAAGUGGAACAAAUCUCUUCUUGACGGCAUCGCAUCUACGGGCCGCGAGAGCCGCCCGGGUGCCAAGCUGGAGGGCUGGGUGAGAGAUUCCGGGUUCGAGAACAUGACAUACAAGAAGUGCAAAGUCCCGCUAGGUACCUGGCCCAAGGACCCUUAUUACAAGAAUUUGGGGUGGCUGAACUUAAAAUGCGUGACUGAUGGUCUCGAGGGUUUCACCAUGAGAGUCUUCUGUGGUGUUCUCAAUUUCACCAAGGAGGAGACCAUUGUGCAACUUGCCGAGGUUCGAAAAGAGCUGAAGGACAUGCACACUUUCCACGCUUAUUAUGAGACCCACAUUGUGUGCGGACAGAAGCCACUUGAGGAAACAGAAUGA